AUGGCAGAUAGAAGUGACUGGCUCAUUUUGGAAAUCGAUAUGGGACUUGCUGUACAAGUGACCGGAAGUAGUGGACCUAUGGAGGGAUUGAAGAGAUGGUUGGAUGAUAGCGAUGCAAGGGAGCAAUACAGUAUCGCUUCUUUCAACGAUCUGGAUGUUCAAUUGCAGCCGAAUACAUCGAUGUGCUGUUUAUUUCAAGAGGCAGGCAUAUUCUGGCAGGGAACACUUAUCAGCAUACGCUCCAAUGAUUGUUGGGCUACACGGAACGCUGGCUCAUUGCGCGAAUAA